AUGGGCCUCUGGGAUUCCCUUCUGAACUGGCUUCGAAGGUUUGAUCUCCCCUCUUGUACCUCUUCUCCCAGUUAGCAAUUCGGUAUGAUUCUUUGUGCGACGCCUUUCGGCGCGGGCCUUGCGAGAGCCUCACUCCUGUGAGGUAAAGAGGCGCUCCAUGCCGGAGGCGUGUGAACCGAUGGGGCUUCGUGCGGCAUCAAUCAAGUUUGGUUGUUGGAAUGGAAAUGUCUCGCGGUAGUUUCGAGAUAGUUUUGUUUCCAGCGGCAAGUAUCAGUGCAUGACCGUAGGCCUUGGUGUUGCUAUCCACUACGCGCGUGCUGCGCACAGGAAACGCGAGGGUAGUUAUCCAACUGCGACCGAUAGUGAGAUCUCCGGGCUCCUUCCCUUCUUUUCUGGUGGUGGAAAGGAGUCCUAUAGUUCUUGGACGGCAGAUAGAGAGUCGGUUUUUUUUUUGCACGAGUACGGACUAAACUGACGUUUUGUAGCCGAGGACUUUCUGGGGUCGAGCAUAUUUCUUCUAACAUAUAUUCUAAAUUAGUUUCUUGGUUAUUCUAUCUGAUUGUUCCACAAAUUCGCCUCCAUCUUCCCAUUAAGGGCUCAAUUUGAACCUCUAGUGUGCCGGUAUUAUUCUUUGCGUCUCAACUGGUGUCCAGAUCUCCUGUUUCAGAGAGUUAAAUGACUCCUGGCCUAUCCAACAUUGAUCUGGAGCAGAUGGAUCUCUGCCUACCAAGAUACCCAGUCCGAUUAUGUGGAUCGAUUGAGACAAUCGGGUCUUAUCUUGGCGCCUAUUCAUCUCUUCCUUCUCUUUAGUUGACUUCUAGGAUAAAAGGACUUUCCUCUACUCAUUCACUGUCGGAGUCUUUUCCUCAUUAUCAUUUAUACAUCAUCCAUCAUCAUCACUUUGUGAGACCCAUUAUCCCUGCUAUAACUACAUUCUAGGAAGUACAUCUUAGGAAUCACAAGUUUUAUAGUCGCGUUUUGUAUCCUUCUUUUCUGCUAUAACUACAUUUUAGGAAGGCUAAGUGAUGCAUCCCCAAAACCAAUGACCAAACUGCAUAGUGAUCUAGUAUGAUGUAAAUAUAGUAAAAUAACGAAGGUUUAUGGAUGUUUGUGAAAUCCAUGAUCUCUGCUCGUGUCUCUUCUCUCUGAAAAUCACAAGUUUUAUACUCGCGUUUUGUAUUCCUCUUUUCUGCUUUAACUACAUUUUAGGAAGGCUAAGUGAUGCAUCCCAAAACCAAUGACCAAACUGCAUAGUGCUCUACUGUAAUGUAACGAUAGUAAAAUAACGAAGGUUUAUGGAUGUUUGUGUUGGGAAAAAAAAUAUUCCCAUAGAAACGGUAUGUUUAUUGAUUCAGUUAUAGCUACAGUAAGAAAAAUAGAUUAUGAAGAAGAUUACCAUGAAGUGUGAAUAAGAUUCCACUGGAAUGGGGAAAACAUUUGACUGUAAAUAAAAGAAUACUGACUGUGACAAUAAGGCGCACUCCAGCCAUAUCGUGAGCUGGAAGUCGAUGCCUCUACAUUUCGUGACUCUUUUUACAAGAUGCUUCCAACCAUGUUGACAUCAUCUGCAACAUGCUCAACUUUGUUCUGAGCAGCCAGUUGUUGUUGCCAGGAUUUAAAACUUUUUUUGCUUGCAUUAGGUGUAAAAUCUAGGCCCUGAUGCUUCCUCUGGUUGUCCAUCAUUCAGGGAGAUUAUGUGGCCGGGUAUCAUUUUUCUCAAAUCUGGUUUAGGUGGCUGGAUUAAUUGACAGAAUAUAUUAGGCGUCAGAUAUGAUGCCAGCUUCUUGGACAACGCCAUGGUUGGACCUUAAGGAGAAAUACAGGCUUCUGUUCAUGGGAUUUCCUCAGGGAUGUUUUUGGUAACCUGAUUCAAGUACAUUAUUGUUACAAAAUAUCUAAUGUUUCCCGUGACACAUUUGGUAUAGCCAUUUUGUGGGAAGCCAUGAUAGUCUCGGAUCAUAAAUUCAAUAUUAUGGUAUCUCAAGUUCAAGAAUAUGAGAAUUUAGGAGAAAAGACCAAAUUACUGCUUUUCAAAUUGAAUGAAGUGAAAAAAAAAGGUCACUGAUACCAUUUCUUGUUACUUAGAUCAUAUAUUUGCCUUUCCAUAUUCUUCUUCAUUGUUGAUCCCUUAUUUUAAAAAAAGAUGUGAUGUAUUACGUUUCAAUUCCAAGGUAUUAUAGUCAACCCUCUUUUCUUAAUUCUUCAAUAAUCCUUGAGCUCUCUUGAAUAAAAAACAUAACUGGUGUGCAUGCUCACAUCAACUUGAAUCUUUGGUCGAAACAAAUGGAAAAAGAGAAGAAACUUAGCUGCAUCACGUAAUAUUAGAUUUCUGGGAGAGAGCUUUUUUUGCUCCAUCUUUAUGAUUUUCUGGCGGACUCGUCAUUUGUGCACAUCCUUCACUCUCAGGUAGUUAAAGCAUUGUUGAAUUAGGAGAGGCUAGGCCGAAGCUUAUGUGCUUAGCAAUUGUUACACAGUACUGCUUUCUAUGAAAUUUUAAACCAUCUCUUGAGUUGGACGAUACACCAAACAAAGUUUCACUCUCAGGUAGUAAAAGCAUUGUUGAAACCAUUCUUCACUGUAAAGUUCACGGUAAACAAACAUUAUUGUGGAGAUUUUAUACCUUGACUAAAUUUGCUCGCCCCACGUGUCUUUCUCUUCACAUACACUAGACAUCUAUCAGUGAAUUAGUCGUGAACACAACCUCUUAGUAGUUGCUCUUUAUCUGGGUCAAAGGCGGAUAAUAAUUCGAGGUAAAUGCACGCAUUCUACAUAACCGUGUGAUUAUCUGAAUUUUGAAGCAAGUUCAGCAACUGAAUGACGUAGUGCUUCUAAGGGAAGACCUUUUGUUUUCUCAAUUGAAUGAACUGAGGCUGUGAAGAGAAGAAGUUUCGUUUCCUUUCUUUCUUUCCCUUAUUUUUGUUGCAUCCCUCAUUACUUCACCUAAGAUAUUUCUCUUCAUUUUUCAAAUGAAUUUAGAUGAACACGAAAUAUCACAUGACGUUUAUUUCAUUUUUUAACCCUUUGAAAGCAUUUGCCUUGUUACAAUAUUCUCGUAUAAGUUGGUAAAAAUCUAAAUUUGGGGUUAUAACAAUUAGCUUGCCCCACAUGGCCAAUUAGUUAUUAAGCUGAAUGAUCCAAAAACACUAACAUGUCUCGGAGAACCAGGCUUGCCUGCAUUUCUCCUACUCUUAAAAGCUCAAAAUCACCAUUUAGGUAGGAUCAAUGUGGUCCAAUGGCUAAAGUUCUCCCAGCUUCAUGUAGACUGGCAGUCUCCGAGAGGAACCUAAUGGGAGGCACUUCCAAGGCUCUGCUCUUGGAAUAUCGAGAUGUGUUCAUAUGGAGGAAUAAAAAAAGUCAGCUGUUUGACUAAGGUGGCAUGUAGAAUGGUCCCACACAAGAAGCUGCCUGAAGUCAGCUUCUCGUAGACUGGCAGUCUCCGAGAGGAACCUAGUGGAGGCACUUCCAAGGCUCUGCUCUUGGAACAUCGAGAUGUGUUCAUAUGGACGAAUAAAAAAAGUCAGCUUUUUGACUGAAGUGUAUGUUUAAGCGUGUGUAAAGAUGGGCCGUCAGUUUCUUGCGUUGACUAGCCAUUAUAAAUCCUCCAUUUUAGAUUUUUUUUUUUUUCAGAGUUCUGACUGCACGUAUUGCUCAGUUUAUUUUUCAAACAGGAAAUGGAACUCUCUCUCAUUGGCCUUCAAAACGCCGGGAAGACAUCUCUUGUCAACGCAAUCGCUGUGAGAAAACCAUGCUUAUCUACUUGUGGCGUUUCCAUUUAUUUGCCUUCUCAUAGGCCAUUUCAGAUCUGACUCUCUCCUGCUUACCAGACGGGUGGAUACAGUGAAGACAUGAUUCCCACCGUGAGUGACAUCUGCAGGCAAAUGAUAUCUUCUUCCAUCUGUCUGAAAGCCAUUGUUGAUGCGAAAAUAUUCUUCGUGCAUAAAACUAGGUGGGCUUCAACAUGCGCAAGGUUACGAAGGGAAAUGUCACAAUAAAACUAUGGGAUCUGGGUGGACAGAGGAGGUUUCGAACCAUGUGGGAGCGCUACUGUCGCGGAGUAUCUGCCAUUCUGUAAGUAGGAUUUAGUGAGAUAAACUGCAUGUCAGUGUAUGGUUUUUUUUUUUUUUUUUUUUUUUCAUGCAUUCCUUAUAAGGUUUUUUGUUGGAUAGAUAGCUUGCUGAUGGUCCUCAUUUUACUGAUGCUUUUGAUAGUGGCGAAGACUUUUUUCCAUCCUUCAGCGAUAUCCUUUCCAUCUCAUUAGCGUUGACUUUGUAGACCAUGAAGGGAGUGUAAAUCUAGUGGGCACUUGUGUCAUCAGGAGAUGAGUUACCCUUUUAGAUUAGUUUCAGGGUUGGGAAACGCAAUGGCUCUUUCCGUCUCAUUAGCGUUGACUUUGUGGGUAAUGAACGCACUGGAAGUCUAGCGGACACCGGUGCCAUCAGGAGAUGAGUUACCCUUUUAGAUUUGUUUCAGGGUUGAGAGAUGCGGUGCCUCGUUCCAUCUCAUUAGCGUUGACUUUGUAGACCAUGAACGCACUGUAAAUCUAGUGGGACACCAGUGCCAUCAGGAGAUGAGGUAACCUUUUAGAUUUGUUUCAGGGAUGAGAGAUGCGACAUCUCUUUUGCUAAAGUAGACUUGUUUUAUCCUUUAGAAACAUCCUUUUUCAGCUCAUUAGCGUUGACUUUAUAGACAAUGGACGAACUCAAUUAAAAAAGGGGGUCACGGCCACGAGUCAAUUCAAUUUCCUGCAGGAAGGUUGUUCCAUCUCUCACUGCUCGUCCUUGGCAGGUACGUGGUGGACGCCGCUGACCGCGACAGCAUCCCCGUAUCUAGAAGCGAGCUGCACGACCUGCUCACGAGGCCCUCCUUGAAUGGGAUCCCCCUCCUGGUCCUCGGCAACAAGAUAGACAAGUCGGAGGCGCUCUCCAUGCAGGCCUUGGUUGACCAGCUGUGAGUCAACCAUCUUAAGCAACCUUAUCUUUCCAAAAAUACUGGGCCUUUUUUAAAAAAUCCCCCCUCCCCUUUUUUUUAUUUUUUUUAAUGCCUCUAAAAACUUUUGGGAUCUCAGAGGCCUGGACUCCAUCAAAGGCAGGGAGGUCUGCUGCCACAUGAUCUCCUGCAAGGACUCGGUCAACAUCGACGUGGUCAUUGACUGGCUCAUUAAGCACUCGAAGACCGCCCAGUGA